AUGUCCUCAAAAGACUACGGUAACCGUCUGGCCGCACGGGGAAUGGCUCAAGAUGCCAAGCGGUUAGUUUGAAGCUUUAAAGGCCUAUUUCAGCCUCAAAAAGAGCAAAAUAGAUAUUUUUUACUUGAACCGCCACGCCUUGACCCAUUCCAAAUGCGACCAUAUAAUAAUUUUGUCGAGAAAAGUACUAAAGUUUCCGAUAAAAAUGUCCUUAAGUGAAUAAGGGUUACGGUAACCGUUUUGAUGAUACCUUUGGCCGCACGGGGAAUGGCUCGAGAUGUGAUUUGAUUAUUUUGAAGCUUCAAAGACUUUUUCUAGCCUUGAAAAGAGCAAAAUGGAUAGUUUUCACUUAACCUUGAGCCAUUCCAAAUGCGACCACACAAUAAUUUUGUCAAGAAAGUAGGGAAAUUCCCGAUGAAAAUGUCCCUAAAUGGAUGAAGGUUACGGUAGCCGUUUUGGUAAUACCUUUGGCCGCACGGGGAAUGGCUCAAGAUGCGAAGCGGUUAAUUUGAAGCUUCAAAUACUUGUUCCGGCCUCGAAAAAAAGCAAAGUUGCGCCUUGAACCAUUCCAAAUGCGACUAGAAAGGUUUUCCACGCAAUAAAUUCGUCAAGAAAAGAAGAGAAGUUUCCGGUGAAAAUGUCUCUAAAUGGAGCCAUUCCAAAUGCGACCAGCCAUGGAAAAUGAAGUAAAGUUGUAUAGAUUUGUGUACUUCCGUCACCAGAGCGGGUGUUGAUGAAGUUAGGAUAACUUGAUAAAAACAGAAUUUUUGAACCUUUCUGCUGGUUUUGGCACGGCCUUGGGGUAGUUGAAGAGCAACAAAAUGAAUAUUUUUCAGAAUUAUUUUUAUUUCCAACAAAAAUAGAUGAUGAAAAAUGGUUUUACUCCGAUUUUGAGGCCUGGGAAAUUUUUUAGUGACCACUACAGGGUUUUGGCGUUUUAGUAGCCACUAUAGUAGUCAAGUUAGUGGCCACUUAAGGGGUUAAGAGUUAGUGGCCACUAUAGAGAACUAAGUGCUACUACUAGACCACUAAAAAUUUUAGUGGCCACUUUAGGGGUCAAUGGAUCAACAUAACUGCUUCAUUAUGUUUGUUUUGAAAUUAUCAGAGUUACUGGAAGGAAUACUGGAUGAAAAACUACUGAAGUGGACACUAAAUAGAGAACCUAGUGGCAACUAAAACGGAAAAUAGUGGCCACUAUAGAAGUUGGUUUAGUGGCCACUUUAGUGUCCUCUCUCCAAGUAGUCCUUGCCGAGCCUCUAUAGUGACCAGUAAAAAAUUUCCCAGCACUUUUCCGGCUUUUUAAUCAAUUUUCAAGUAUAUUUCCGUUUUUAUAGUGAAGUUUUCUAUUGAUAAAUCGCUUCCUGGAAUACUUAAUAACAGAAUUUAACGUAAAAACAACAGAAAACAUCAAAAAAGUGAGCUUUCUGACCAUUUCUAGCAAAGGAUGCGAUGCCUACACGUCCUUCUAAUCAUUUAUAUCAGCAAAUCAGGGAUUUCAAAGUACUUUUUUCUAUAGGAAGUUCCUACAUAAUGAACCCCAGAAAACACAUCAGCGCCAAACGUUUCAAAUUCAACAAAAAGAUCAACAACUUUACCAGUUUCAAGUUCAAAAUUACCGACAAAUACUUCAAAUUCAACAAGUUCAACAAGUUCAACGAGUUUAAUAAAUCUUACUACGACAAGGUUGCCCAUUUUUUUCAAAUUUUUUUCAAUUUUUUUCAAAUUUUUUUAGUUUAUAUAA